AAGUACAUUCGGAACCAAUAGAAACAAUUUAAAAUAUACCAUCACAAAUGGAGUCGGCCACGAUAAACAAUGCUAUUCGAGCAUGUCACAAAGUAUCAAUAACGAUUUGAAAACAUGCGAAUUUGGUAUUCGAUAUUUUGCUUGAUCUAUAACUUGAUAGUCAAUGUACUGUGUAAUAAGAUAGCAGACCAUAGGGCCGAAGAACCAAUAUUUUCCAAAACAAUAUCGAAAUUUAUUUCUUCGCUAUCCGUCUUGGUUGAUAAGGAACAUAUGGACGAGGAAGAACUUUGGAACGACACGAUCAUAGAGAAAAUUGAAGAGAAAGUAAAAUUUCAACUUUUCAAUGAGCUAUAUCCUGAGGGGAAGUAUAUCAAUACUACUGAAGAUAUAAAAAGCAGUGAUAUCACUAAAGACCAACCAGUUAUAUUCAUAACCCAUGGAUGGUUAUCUGGAGGACGUGAAGAUAUGUGUACAACAAUAAAAGAUCGAUAUUUGAGCCUUAGAAAAGUGAAUGUCUUUAUCGUCCAUUGGGAUGUAAUUGCUUUGAGCUACCUAUAUAUGUUAGUGGUGAAGAAACUACAGCUCAUAGCAGACUAUUAUGCCGAUUUCUUGAUGAAAGUUAUUGCUUUGAACAGCUUAGAUCCACAAAAUAUUCAUUUGAUAGGACACAGUCUCGGUGCCCACUUAUCUGGACUGGUUGGAAAAAAAUUGGCAUCCAACGGAAUGAAGGUUGGAAGGAUUACAGGUUUAGAUCCGGCUCUCCCAGGUUAUCAGGAUUAUUUUGGUUUUGAGAAAUUAGCUAAAUGGGAUGCUAAAUUUGUAGAUAUCAUACAUACAUGUGGAGGUAGUUUAGGAAUGAUGGAGCCUCUUGGACAUGUAGACUUUUAUCCAAAUGGUGGGUCUUUUCCGAUGCCAGGAUGCGAAGGAUUUUGGUCACAAAAACAAUGUAGUCACAGUAGGAGCUGGCAAUAUUUCGCAGAAAGCAUAAAUCACCCUUUUGUAGCUGUUAAAUGCGUAUCCUUCGAUGCAUUUCAAACUGGAAGGUGUUCACAGGAUUACAUUGAAUUGGGAAAUAAUAUUUCAACGAAAGCUCGAGGUUCUUUCUACUUCAGUACAAGUAAUGUUUCUCCAUAUACGAUGGGAAAAAAUGGAACUCUGUAUUCAACUAAAAAAAUAGUAGAGGAAACUGCAUCAGAAUCGGCAUCUAAUGAUCUCUUUUCUUGUCAAUUAUCGUGUAAAAAGCAAUUUUUCACAAAAAAAUAUCUACAGAACCUCCCUCCCAUAAAUUUCUCCCUAGCAGACGUUUCUAAGUCUGAUGUUGAUUAUAAGCUCCACCAAAGAGAAGACAAUGUAGGAAUACCUGUAACGGAGCAAAAUAUUGCCAGUUCGAUUACUGAUGUCGAUAUUCCUACCAUCGUAUUGAUUCACGGGUGGUCCAGUUACAACAAAAAUGCAUGGUACGAAAAUUUCAUACAGAGAUAUUUUCAACUGAAACGAUGUAAUAUUAUUUGUGUAUAUUGGUCACCUGCUUCAACCAAACCUUAUUUGACUUCAUCCGCUAGUACCAAGAUGGUUGGAACUUUUGUUGCUGACUUAUUGGCUGCUUCUAUGAUCUCCACAAGCAACAUUCAUAUUAUAGGUCACUCUUUAGGAGCUCACGUGGCUGGUUUUGCCAGCAAAGUAUUGAUGAAAAAGGGAAAAGGACAGUUGAGGAGGAUAACAGCUUUUGAUCCUGCUGCACCUGCUUUCGAACAUAAAUAUGUUUCGGAUGCCUUCAGAUUAUCUUCAGGAGAUGCUGCUUUCGUUGAUGUUUAUCAUACCGAUGCAGGUUGUUUUGGAUACAUUAAACCCAUUGGUCAUGUUGACUUUUAUCCCAAUAAUGGAAGAAAUCAACCCGAUGAAAAUGAUGAAAUAUAUGCUUCGACCAGAACCAAUAGUCAUAACCGUGCAAUAAGCUAUUUUGAGGAAACCAUAAACUGUCAAGAAUUCUAUGCUUUUCCGGCUACUAUAACUGUGAAUGAAUUUGAAUAUAAGCUGGAUGUGAAUUUCCAAGGAGAAAAAGUAGUUAUCGGAGAACAUAUUCCACCUAGCACAAGAGGAGUGUUCUACUUCAAAACCAACUCCAUAUCUCCAUAUCUACUCAAAAAUAAUUGAAUCUGUUCUACAUGAAUUUAGGAAACAUUUUGAUUAUUAAUGAUGAUGUUCUGCCGAAUGAAAACACGAAACACACAAAUUAAAGUUGGUUCACAAAUGAUUGUUUUCAAUGUGAACAUUUACGGUCUGCUGAUUGGUGCAUAAUAUUAGAUACGUUUCAGAGUUCAUUGUUGUAAAACAGGAUAUUAAAAUUGGAGGGAAGAUUUAUUUAAUUAAUAAAAACCAAUGUGUAUUUGUAUUGACGUAAUGAAAUAUUGUUCAGAUUUCA